UGUGUGUGUCUCUCUCUUGUUGCUCAAGAUGUCGGGGAUGACCUGGGGAAGACAGCGGGGAGUGUUCAGCAGGCCCCCUCCCAGCACAGGGACAGGAGCCUGGGCUCGGCCAUCAAGGACUGCCCCUACUGUGGGAAGACCUUCCGCACCUCCCACCACCUCAAGGUGCACCUGAGGAUACACACAGGAGAGAAACCCUACAGGUGCCCUCACUGCGACUACGCAGGCACCCAGUCUGCCUCACUGAAGUACCACCUGGAGCGCCACCACCGUGAGCGGCAGAAUGGCGGCGGCCCCUCCUCRGGACACGCCKCUCRCUCUGAGCACAAGGAYGAGCACGGSAAGGGUGGCGUCUUCGCKCGUCCUGAUGUCCUCCGCGGUGUCUUCAAGGGCAUGCCCUCCAGCCUGGACUUCAGAGGGGGACCGUUGCACCCCCACCAGUGGGCCCCUCCCGGUAUGUUGUCCCCCAGGGAGCGCGAGAGGGACAGAGAGCGAGAGCGUAAUGGCCUGGGAUCUGACACUCUCUCUGAAAGCAUGAAGAGCCCAGAGGGCCCCUCCGCCGCAGACGUCCCCGCCAGCUUCAGAGACCUGGGUCGGGCGUACCAGAGCAUGGUGGGAAACGGUGUCAACUUCCAGGGCUCCCUGCAGGCCUUCAUGGACAGCUUCGUCCUCAGCUCCCUGAAGAAGGAGAAGGAGAUGAGAGAGAGCCACAUGCAGUCCCAGCAUUACUUUGAGAGUGGUGAGCCCAAAGCCAAGAGGGCUGAUACUGGUGAGGAGAAGGCUGAGGCCAAGCCCUCAACGGGCAAGCCUGGGUCCCAGUACGAGCCUCUGGACCUGUCUGUCAAUGUCAAGCCUGAAACGGGCUCUCUGCCUGGCUCCUCUGUCACCUUCCAGGACAACGUGGCCUGGCAUGGCUGCCUCUUCUGCUCCUUCACCACCGCCUCUGUCGAGCUGAUGGCCCUACACCUGCAGGCCAACCACCUGGGCAAGGCCAAGCAACGCAAGGAGGGCAAGGAGCACCAGGGAGAGCCCUCCUACUUCCUCAAGGCCAGCAUGGGCCCAGCCCACCUCCAUGACAGAGACAAUGACAGAGAGGGGGAGAAGAGCCAGUCAGCCUGGUCCAACCACAUGGAGCCCCACGCCAGCAUGGGAGCCUUCCAGAGUGACUUCUAUAAGCAGUAUGGAGGCAUGUAUGAUGGCUCCCCAAGGACCCCGGGCCUCCAGGGGUUUGGAGCGACAUGCCCUGACCCAGCCCUGGAGCAGCAGAGCCAGGCCAGAGAAACAGCUGGGGAUGAGCUCUCAGACAAGGCCUCCUGCGGGGAGCUGGAGGACCAGGCACAGACUGAGGAUGAGGAAGGCAGGGCUGGAGAGCGCUGCCACAGCACCGAGUCCUCCUCCGCCCAACCAGAGAGACAGCGACCCCAGUCUGACGACGAGGAGGAAGAGGAGGAAGAGGACGGGAUGGAGGGGGAAGAUGAGGACAGUGCCACCUAUCACAUGCCGAAGCAGACGCAGGCCGUGUGCCCAGCUAGAGAGGCCCAACGACCAAGGGCCUCCUUGGGGCCUGGGGCCCCUUUCCCUCCCCAGUUCCAGCCUCAGCCGCCCCUGGAGAAGCAGUGGCAGCAGGGCUUGGGUCUCCUUUCAUCUCCUGGUGGUUCCCCGGGGCUGCUGAAGCCGGAACAUGCCCAUCURGAGCAGCAGAUGAACAUGCUGUCCGUCCUGAGGGCCUACAGCUCGGAGAACCUCGCAGCGUUCAACGGCCUUGGAAGCGGCUCAAACAGCGGCAGCGGCAUCAAGAGACCAGACGCACCCAGUCACGGAGGUUACGGAGGUCAGGGGGGUCGGAAGCCGUUCCAGUGCAGGUACUGCUCCUACGGUGCCUCUCAGAAGGGCAACCUGAAGACCCAUGUCCUGUGUGUCCACCGCAUGCCCUUUGACAACAGCCAGUACCCUGACCGCCGCUUCAAACGCUCCCGCAUCGACUCGGACGCCUCAGGGAACUCUGAGGAUGGGACCACCAGCUAUCCCAUGGGAAUUCAUGGGGGCAUGGCCRACCCCCCUCUCUCUGGAGACCCCCUGCAUCCAUGACCGAUGUCACMUGGCAUGGAGGUGCCAGCCUUCAACUCUACAACUACUGUACUCACUAGAGCCACAUAACAGGGACUACUUACUUCGCCUACUCCCAGAGCACAGCCAGAUAAAGGGGGYCAUCAGUGGCUGUACUGUUUUACCCAGAGCUCACAGGACAUCCUCAGUGUGUACUAGGUCAGUAACAAUAACAUAACAUGCAUAUAAACAACACAUACCAUGGGUUGAGUAUUCUUUAAGAUGGGUCCUGAAGAAAUGCAUCUAUUCAUUAAUAUAAAACUAGGUAUAGAUAUGUUAAAUGUAGUUAUGUGACAAAUAGUGGAGACGACUAUAUAAAAAAAAGAAAUAAUAAAGAAAAUAUAGAAAAUCUUUAAAAUGACUUUUGUCCCUAAAAAUUAUGCUUUUAUCAGAAAAAUUAUCCCGUAAACGAUUUAGCGACAAUUGGGGAAGAAGGAAUAGGAUUGUUGAACACACCCCGCAGAACAUGACACCGGCGGCUGCCUUUUGCAGAGGGCGAAUGAUGAGCAGCCAGUGGAGACUGGGGCAGGCAGCGGCAGUGGUGGGGGGGCCUUGGUGCCAGCCUGACUGGAGCUGUCAUCGCAGAGGAAAUCAAUUCAAUCCCCCCUCUCCCCUUUUUUCAUCUUUCUCGACCCAGCAGUCCAGCCCCGUCCACUCUCAGCCCUCUGCCCCUACUGCACUACAGGAGUAACCUAACCCUGGCCGACAUGUGAGGGGUCAAACUCAGUUCCAUCAGCUGGCCAGAGUCACCCCCCCCUUCUCUGCCUCUUUAAAACGACUCAAAUCCAACAUGGCCUCUGGAAGAAAAGAAAAAAAAUCAAUGAUGUAUUUAAAGGAGCCAUUAGAGUCACAGAGAUGUGUUCUGUGCAAUAUUGUCAUUUAUUUGGAUAUCACCUUACCAGACACUGAGAGGUGGAGUUAAUUCAAUGUGUUUUAUUUCAUUUCAACUUUUAUGUUAGGAGGUGGAUGGUUGUUCUUUGAAAUUGAAAGUGUAGAUGGUGAAGAUGUACAUAGUGGAAUUGGGACCUUUACAACUUGAUGUACUGUAACUUAAGUCAGAGGUUGAAUGUUUCGUUAUAUAUGAAGACUGUGAAUGUCACAGAACUUGUUUCCUAAGACACGAUGCAGGACUAUCUUCCUAUAAGCUCUUCUAAAGCAGCUUCAGAAUGAGCAAUAAUACAUAGAGAUGGUCACCCUGCUCCCUGUCUCUAAUUUAAACGUAUUAGUUACAAAAUAGACAAAAGGACCUUUUUUACAAAUGUCUUUUCCAAUUCAUUUCUAGGUUUCGGACGAAACAUUUUGUGAGUCGUGGGGGAUAAACAGAAGAUCAUGCUUUUUAUUGUGUUGGUAUGGAGGCAUGGGGGGAUUUUUAAUGUUUCUGAUAAAGAGAAAUGAUCCGGACUUUAAGAAAGUCAAUAUCUUCCCUCACAGCCAAGGAGAGCUGAACACUUUAACCCCAGGGCCUUAACACCACAGCUAUGCCUAAAGGAGUUUACAGUCCACUCAAAUACACUGCUCCUAUCAGUUGAGAGAGAGAGAAAUAAGAAAAGAAAGAAAGAAAAAUAAAUAAAUAAAGAGAGUAUGGAUAUGUACAGAAUGCAGUCAGGGUUUAAAUGGGGUCAUUUGAAUUAGGACUUUUCUGCCAUUCAGCGAUCUACUGACAGUGUUUUUUUGUUCAUUUACUUACCUAGCCUAGUUCGCACUGCCUUACUUCAAAUCGAGUCGAUCAAUUUAAUGCAACUGUUUGUAUGAUAUCUACCAUGAAGCCACAACAUUGAGAUACAACUGAAACGACUGUGGUGAGCUUUUAGGUUUAAAUGCACUACUGUUUUCUUGGUGACUGUGCCAGUCGCUUGCUUUUUCGUGUGUGUAUGUACGUGUGUGUGGGUGUGCCUACCUAACUAUAUUAGAGAAAAAAUUACUUUAAAAAAAACGGAAAAAUAAACUCUGAAAAAAAAAAAAUCACAUUCCAUUUCUAGCACUUUUCAGGUUUUCCAGUAUAUCUGUAUGUUUCAAAGUAUGCGAUAUGGCAAGAAUGCUGUUUAUGACACUGGAAACAUCAUUGUUUGUCAUUCUCCGUGACGUGUUCGUCCAUCCCUUACCACUGUUUACCUGCCCGCAUUUCAAAAUAACCCACGUUUUCCCUGAAAAUAUUUUGUUGUCAUGACUCAAUUAAGAAACAGACGCAAAUGUACAAUUAGAACUUGAUCAUCCCUGCGCUAACAGAGAAGAGAAAUCAUUUCUAUGUACUUCUCUGUGUGCUCUGUGUUCAUGGCCAUGAUACUGUCCACAUUCCUUAAUGAAGUAAAUGUCUAUAUUGGAGGUAAAGUAAGUAGAGGAUUUUGUUGCUACUACUAUAUACUUACAACCAGUAGACAACUUUGUAUUUAAAUAUUCCUACUGGGCAUUAUUUAUUAUUCUACAUCGGUUUUACAGAAGAGGAAAACAAUUCAGAUUACGGUAAAUCUACGCUGUUUUUUUCAUUCCAAAGUAAUUUUGUUCAUGGACUCUUUCUGCUGUCAGGAUGUUGUAAAGUCUUUGAGGCAGUUCGUUUUAUCCAGUGUUUUACGCAAUAAAAACCUCUACC